AUGUCAGAAAGACCGCAACCACCCCAAUUACCUGAUGGUUGGGUUGCCCAAUGGGACGAAGAAUACCAACAAUACUUCUACGUCAAUAAACGUACAGGUAAAUCCCAGUGGGAUGUACCAAGUGAAGAAGCAGGACCUUAUUCCGGAAACAACGAAUCUCAACAUUCAGUAGACGAACUGCAAUAUUCCAGACCUCAAGAAGGAUACUCUGAAACUUAUGUUUCUCAAUCUGAAGCAUACGUCAAACAAAGUGAAAGACCUCAACAAGAAGGCGAACCUAAUCAACAAGACGGUGAAUCUGGUGAUCGUGGUUUGGGUACCAUGCUUCUUAACCAAGCUCUUGGUGGAGGUAAGACUAAUUACAAUAGUGGAAGUGGAGGUGGUGCUGCCGCCCUUGUCGGAAGUUUAUUAGGUGGUUCUAGUGGCCACAGCAGUAGUGGUAGUGGAGGAGCUGCCGCUUUGGUUGGUAGUUUAUUAGGUGGUGGUAGCAGUAGCAGACCUAAUAACUAUGGAAACAACCAAUAUGGUAACAGUGGAUAUGGUAACAGUGGAUAUUCCAAUAGUGGAAGUGGUGGAGCUGGUGCUCUAUUAGGCAGUUUGUUAGGUGGUGGAGGGAGUAGUGGUCACCAUGGAGGUGGAGGAUACGGUGGUGGUCCAGGUUAUGGUGGAGGAUACGGUGGAGAAGGACACCAUCAUGGUGGUUAUGAAGGUGGAUAUGGCGGGGGAGGUUUCGGUGAAGGACAUCAUGGUGGUCGUCACCAUGGUGAAGGUGGAUUUGGCGGGGGAGAGGAGAUCGCUGGUAAAACAGAGAGAAAAUCAGAAAUUGUUACGAUAUAG